AUGGGGAGGAAGGAGAAGAGAAGCAAAAUUAAGAAGAUUGUGAUGGAGAGACAAGUAGAUAUUGCCCUGUUUCAAGAGACAAAGAAAUCAAAGUUAACUGAGGAAGACGUCAGAUCAGUUUGGGCAAGGGGAAAAAUGGAGUACAUGGGGAUGGAUGCUGAAGGCUCUGCAGGGGGUUUGUUGUGUAUUUGGGAUCCUGAUAUAUUCCAAAUUAAGGAAUGUUGCAGCAACAGAAGGUUUAUAUUAUUAUCAGGUACUCUCCUUAAACAUUUUCAUUGUACUAUUCUGAACAUCUAUGCUCCUAAUGAUGUGGGAUCUAGAGGGAAUCUGUGGAAGUGUUUGUUGAAGCUGAAGGAGGAAUUUCUGAACCUAUGGUGUUUAGGAGGGGAUUUUAAUGAGAUUAGGCAGAUUGGGGAAAGAAAAGGGUGUUCGAGGAGAGAUAGAGGAAUGGAAGAUUUUAAUGAGUUUAUUGACAAGUGUGAGGUUUCUGAAUUACCAUUACUUGGGAGGAGGUUCACUUGGUGCAACUCUAGUCUUGGUGAGAAAUGGAGCAAAAUAGAUAGAAUUUUUGUAGACCCAAAGUGGAUUGAGGUAUUUAAUUUUAAGCUGUGGGGUCUUCCUAGACUGCUCUCUGAUCACUGUCCACUUCUGUUGAUGGAGGACGAGAGAGAUUGGGGUCCAAAACCCUUUAGGGUAUUAAAUGCUUGGUUUUUACACAAAGAUUUUCGGAAGUUUUAG